AGGAGUUCAGUGCUGAUGCUGCUCUUUUCCUUCCCAGCGGCAGAGUUCGGGGAGCCCACUUCCCAGCAGACGGGGACAGCUGCUGGGAAAACUGUUACUCAAACCGCAGCCCCGGUGUCCUGGAAGCCCCAGGAUUCUUCGGAACAGCCACAGGAGAAGCUCUGCAAGAAUCCAUGUGCGAUGUUUGCUGCUGGAGAGAUCAAAACGCCGACAGGGGAGGGUCUUCUUGACUCACCCAGCAAAGCCAUGUCUAUUAAAGAAAGAUUGGCACUGUUGAAGAAAAGUGGAGAGGAAGAUUGGAGAAACAGACUCAGCAGGAGGCAGGAGGGCGGCAAGGCUCCGGCCAGCAGCCUGCACACCCAGGAAGCAGGGCGGUCCCUCAUCAAGAAGGAAGAAGGAGGAGUUGCGGAUGAUAUUGCCAUUUCUAAUCUGCUCUGGCGGGUCACAGAAAGUCGAGAGAGCCAGAUGACGAUUGAGGAGAGGAAGCAGCUCAUCACUGUGAGAGAGGAGGCCUGGAAGACGAGAGGCAGAGGAGCGGCCAACGACUCCACCCAGUUCACUGUGGCUGGCAGGAUGCUGAAGAAAGGUUUGGCGUCACCCACUGCCAUAACCCCAGUAACCUCACCCAUUUGCAGUAAAACAAGAGGCACCACACCCGUUUCCAAACCCCUGGAAGAUAUCGAAGGCAGACCAGAUAUGCAGUUGGAAUCGGACCUGAAGUUGGACAGGCUGGAAACCUUUCUGAGAAGGCUGAAUAACAAAGUAAGCGGGAUGCAAGAAACAGUGCUCACUGUCACCGGCAAAUCUGUGGAGGAGGUGAUGAAGGCGGAUGAUGAUGAAACCUUUGCCAGAUCUUACCACAGCGUGGGUUAUAAUACGCCCACAAGUCCUGUGGAGCUGGACGAGGACUUCAAAGUCAUUUUCAAUCCUUAUGCACCCAAAUUGACGUCUUCCGUGGCCGAGCACAAGCGCGCAGGCAGGCCCAAGCGCCGGGUUCAGGCCUCCAAAAAUCCCUUGAAAAUGCUGGCGGCAAGAGAAGAUCUCCUUCAGGAAUACACCGAGCAGAGAUUAAACGUCGCCUUCAUGGAGUCAAAGCGGAUGAAAGUAGAAAAGAUGUCUUCCAACUCCGGCUUCUCAGAAGUCACCCUGGCGGGUUUAGCCAGUAAAGAAAACUUCAGCAGCGUCAGCCUGCGGAGCGUCAACCUGACGGAACAGAACUCCAACAACAGCGCUGUGCCCUACAAGAGGCUGAUGCUGUUGCAGAUUAAAGGAAGAAGACACGUGCAGACCAGGCUGGUGGAACCUCGAGCUUCGGCGCUCAACAGUGGGGACUGCUUCCUCCUGCUCUCUCCCCACUGCUGCUUCCUGUGGGUAGGAGAGUUUGCAAACGUCAUAGAAAAGGCAAAGGCCUCAGAACUUGCAGCUUUAAUUCAGACAAAGAGGAAGCUUGAUUGUAGAGCUACUUAUAUCUAAACCAUCGAAGAAGGAAUUAACAUACACACUCAUGCAGCCAAAGACUUCUGGAAGCUUCUGGGUGGCCAAACCAGUUACCAGUCUGCUGGAGACCCAAAAGAAGAUGAACUCUAUGAAGCAGCCAUAAUAGAAACUAACUGCAUUUACCGUCUCAUGGAUGACAAAUUUGUUCCUGAUAACAACUACUGGGGGGAAAUUCCAAAGUGCUCCCUUCUGCAACCCAAAGAGGUACUGGUGUUCGAUUUUGGUAGUGAAGUUUACGUAUGGCAUGGGAAAGAAGUCACAUUAGCACGACGAAAAAUAGCAUUUCAGCUGGCAAAGCACUUAUGGAAUGGAACCUUUGACUAUGAGAACUGUGACAUCAAUCCCCUGGAUCCUGGAGAAUGCAAUCCGCUUAUCCCCAGAAAAGGACAGGGGCGGCCCGACUGGGCGCUAUUUGGGAGACUUACUGAACACAAUGAAACAAUUUUGUUCAAAGAGAAGUUUCUGGAUUGGACAGAACUGAAGAGAGAGAAUGAGAAGAACCCCAGGGAACUUGCCCAGCACAAGGAAGACCCCAGGGCUGAUGUCAAGCCGUACGAUGUGACACAGAUGGUGUCCAUGCCCCAGACGACAGCAGGCACCAUCCUGGACCGGGUGAACGUUGGCCAUGGCUGUGGCCUGGUGGAAGGACAUGACAGGAGGCAGUUUGAGAUCACUAGCGUCUCCGUGGAUGUCUGGCAUAUCCUAGAAUUCGACUAUAGCAGGCUCCCCAAACAGAGCAUCGGGCAGUUCCACGAGGGGGAUGCCUAUGUGGUCAAGUGGAAGUUCAUGGUGAGCACAGCAGGUUAGUGAAUGCUCAUGGUUUCUUCCAGCUGAAAGAGGUCGGCCUAGCAGCCCUGCAGGAGCCAGCUUCCCCGAUGAGCCCUGUUGUGCUCUCUGCUGGGUGUGUGCAGUGGGGCACUGCAGUCAUGUGCCUUUGAGAGCCACCUAGUAAACAACAGAGACGAAAAGAAGUAAGGCCGAAUUCCUAACAACCUAGCAUUGCCAAGGCCGCUGGUGUUCACCUGUAGAAAUUGAACUUGCACAUCAAGUCUUCUCGGCUCCCUCUCUCUCUCCCCUGCCCCUGUCCCCAGAGCUUUUCUGGGAAAGAGAUGAUUGGCCUCUCAAUGAUAUUUCCCAUGUGGCUGUGUGCUGCUUCAAUUAAAGUCGUUAA